GAUCCUUACAAACUGGUGCUAAAGCUACUGGAACUUAAAGAAGUUAAUGUCUUCAAUGUACCAAAUAUUUCAUGAAAGUCCAUCAAGAGCAAGUGAUUAUGAAAGAAUAGCUGAGGCAACAGGUUCAGAUUUUCCUUACAUGUUUUGUGAUACUCGAUGGGCUGAAAAUCAAAGUGUUGCCAAGAAAGCAAUAGAGGUUUGGUCAAAAGUAGUAUUAGUUGUUGACUACUGGAAGUCUUUACCAAAGAGUAAGCAACCUGGAUGUGGUAAAUCAGGACAAAACACCAGCUUUAAACAUUUAAGUUCUCGAACAAAUAAAGUUUUAGUUCCUUUAAAGUUAAAGUUUUUUGAAGAAAUUAGUGGCAGUCUAAAUACAUUCCUUGUUUCUUUUCAAACUGAUAAACCAAUGACUCCUUUUCUGGUGGUGACACUUGAAGAACUACUACGCAACUUUUAUGCAAAGUUCAUUCGAUUAGAUGUUCUUUUAAAUGCCAAAACUACAACAUCUUUGUUAAAAAUAGAUUUGUUUAAUUUUGCAAACCGGCUUUCAACCAGCCAAAUUGAUUUUGGUUUUUCAUUGAAGUAUGAUCUCCAGCAACUUAAGAGUAAGGGAAAGAUUACCGAUGUUCAAAUUGACAAGUUCAAAAAGGAAAUAUGUGGUUUUCUUGUCUCAAUGUGUACUCAUAUUAUUGAGAAAAGCCCUUUGUCUUCACUGGUUGCUCACUGUCUGGUGUGUAUUUCCCCAUCAUUUAUGGUUGAAUAUCCAGAAAAGUGUGAUUAUUUUUUUUGACAAACUGUUGAUGAAGCUUGUUACUUACAAGAAAAUUAGAGCUUCUGUUGGUGAUUUAGCUAAGAAAGAAUAUUCCAGGUUCUGUAAAAGUGUGGUCGUUGAUAACAAAGAAGUAUUUUUGACUUUUGAUAAAGAUAAGGAUCGUUUGGACUACUUUUGUGGAAAUACACUGAUUUAAAGAUAUAUGCAAAUCUACAGCACAUUUUCAAAUUUAUACUUAUUUUAUCACACGGACAAGCUCAAGUUGAACGAGGAUUUAGCAGCAAUAAAAGUCUGAUCGAUGACAAUAUUUCCCCAGACACUAUUAUCUCGAGUCACUA